AUGGAGCUGCCAAAUGAGGUGGUGCUGCUGGUGUUCGAAUUCCUGGGGGUGGGCGACCUGGCAGCUUGCGCCCGCGUGAGCACCGAGUGGGGCGCACUGGCCGCCACCAACAUGCUGUGGCAACACCACUACCGCGCGAUCUUGGGCAAUGGCCACCCUUCAUUGACGCGAUUUCGAUCUUCCACAUCCACACCUUCAUCUGCUUCAGCUCCACCCCCUGUACCAGCCAACGCACGAGAGAUCGAACGGGGUGGUGCUGUGGAUUGGAAGCGUGCGUUGCGCGGGGCGUGGUCGGCCAAGCGGAACUGGCGCCGCGGGCGGCCCACCCACCGCGAGGCCUUCCAUUGCCACACCCGGGCGUCGGGCCUCUGCUUCGAUCAUCGCUUCCUCUACGUCGGCCUCAACCGCGGCUGCGUGCAGGUGUUUGAUCUGCACUCGAACCACGACGCAGCACACGCCGAUGCCGAGACGGCGAAGGAUGACGAUGGCGGCGACGAAGGCAACGAAGUCUACUCCGGCGACACGUCAUCAACGCCGUCAAACUCGACGGCACCCCUCAUCUACUUUCCUACAUCGUCGACUUCGUCGUCGGCUUCAGGGGAGGUGGAGGCGGCGGCAGACGAAGGCGAGGGGCUGGUGGUGCCGAUGGCCGACGGGCCGCGCAAGAAGCCCGUCGUGCUGCAUUCUCCGCAUUCCUCCUACUCUGACGUGCUCGCCAUACACGACCAGCGACUCUACGCCGUCUCGGGCAAAAGCAUCGUCGUGUGGGACGUGGAUGUGUGCGAGGCGAAGGAGAUCAAGCGGGUGGAGAUUGCGUACGAGGGGCACACGAACAAGGUGUCCUGCAUCGACUUCAGCGGACACCACUUGAUCACCGGCUCCUGGGACCAAACCAUCCGAAUGUGGGAUAUUAACACGGGCGUGUGCCUGAACUCCAUGACGGGCCACACGGCCAAUAUCAAGCACCUCCAGACGGCCGACCAUCGCAUCGUCUCCAGCUCCAACGACAACACGUUGAUGGAGUGGGACAUGCGGAGCUGCACGCAGGUGCGGUCCACCUGCUGCACGAAGCAGUCGGCCCAGGCGGCGCCCGCGGUGUCGGCGUUCCACUACGACCCCGACCGCGAUCUGAUCGUCAUCGGCCAGCGCGAAGGCACCGUACAAAGGUUUCUCAUGGGCAUGCCCGGAUCGGCGGUGAUGCGCCUCCACAAGGGCCUCAUCCACCGGGUCCAGAUGGACGCCUACAAGGUCUUGACCUCGGGCCAAGACGGCAUCAUUGGCGUUUGGGACCUGGCGACGGGUGGGCUGCUGUACCGCGUGCAGACGGGGUGUAAAAGCUCGCUCAACGCGAUGCAGUUCGACCACACGCAGCUCUUCCACGCCACCGGUGCCUCCGUCGAGCGCCUCGCCUUCUCCGAUGAUUGGUGA